AUGGCGGUCGACUUUGGGGACCUCGCCAGCGGGUUCCGCCACACCGAGGUGAUCAGGUUCAUCAACGACGAAGUCCUCGUGAACGGCGGUGGGCCGGAUUUCUACGCGGCCUUGAGCUCGCGGCCCUGGGACGAGGUAGAGGAGCGGCUUCGGACGGUCCUGGCCGACCCGCAGGUGCCGCGCGCCACGAAGAGGGCCUGUGCGUGGAGCGCGCUCGCCUUGAGCGUGCGCGUGGGAGCCAGGCAGCGGGAGCAGCAGGAGCGCCAGGUCCGGCAGCUGCAGAACCAAGUAGACGAGCGCGAGACGGCUACCUGGGCCCAGGCCUCCGAGGUGCAGCGGCUGCGCGGGGAGCGCGAGUCGGCGGUCGCACAGCUGAGCUCCACACAGGCCGCCCUGCGGCAGACUCUGGUCGAGUGUGACAUGCUUCAUGGGCAGCUGCUCCAGGUGGAGAGGGCCUCCCGGGUCGUGCCGCUGGCCCUCGAGAGAGUGCCUGGGCCUCCGGCCGAGCCACUUGGGGCCAUAGCAUGGCCCCGGAAUGCAGAUGUGCUGGCCAGGGGGCUGCGCAGCAGGCUGUAUUUUGAGGCCCGGGUGCCGGCCCCGGUGGCUGUCCUUUACGUGCCGGGACCCCCGAGUCCCUGGGCUCAGGCCGUACAGCCCGCUCUGCCAGUGCCCGUGCGGUACUUGCUUCCGUUCCGUGCCCCGUUCCCCGUGGGAUUCCCCGUCUCGCCACCUCUGCCGCCAGUAGUAGUCAUGGGUGCAGAAGCUGCAGUAGUUCCACAUCAGAUGCCUCCUCUGGGGAUCGCGCCACCUGGUCCACGUGCUGCAGUGGGCUACCAAGAGGGGAUGGUCCCACGGUGGGACCAGAGGAGCUGCAGCCAGGCGGAAGGUCUUGCGAUCCUCCAGAGUGCAGUCCCCCUGCGGGACAUCAGAAGCCUUAGCCAAGAAGGUCCGCAGAGGCCUCAGGGGAUGGUUCCUGUCAGAGAUAGCUGGAGCCAGAGCCAGAGCCAGGAAGAAGAUCCAGAGAACACCCAAGAAGUGGUCCCCCUUGGGGAUAGCUGGAGCCACAGCCAGCAAGAAGAUCCAGAGAGAGCCCAGGGGACGGUUCCUAUCGGGGAGAGCAGGAGCCACAACCAGGAGGAAGGUCCAGAGAGGGCCCAGGGGGUGGUUCCUGCUGGGGACAGCUGGAGCCAGAGCCAGGAAGAAGGUCCAGAGUGGGCCAAAGGAAUGGCCACCCUUGGGGAUGGCUGGAGCCAGAGCCAGGAAGACCGUGCAAAGAGGGCCUGGGAGAUGGUUCCCGUCGGGGAGAGCUGGAGCCACAGCCAGCAAGAAGAUCAAGAGGUGCCCCGGGGGGUGGUCCCCCUUGGGGAGAGCUGGACCCAGAGUCAGCAAGAAGGUCCAGAGAACCCCCAAGGAAUGGUCACCCUUUGGGGUAGCUGGAGCCAGAGCCGGGAAGAAGGUCCAGGGUGGGCCCAAGGAAUGGUUCCUGUUGGGGAUAGCUGGAGCCACAGCCAAGAAGAAGAUCGAGAGAUACCCCAGGGGGUGGUACUUCUUAGGGAUACUUGGAGCCUCAGCCAGGAGGAUGUUCUAGAGAAGCCUCAGGGGAUGGUCUCCUUUGGGGAUAGCUGGAGCCAGAGCCGGAAAGAGGGUUCGGAGAGGCCUGGGGGGGGGGUGGUACUCCUUAAAGAUAACCAGGGCCAGAGCCAGGAAGAAGGUCCAGAGAAUCCUCAGGAGAUGGUUCCCUUUGGGGAUAGUUGGAGUCUCAGCCAGGAAGAAGGGCCAGCAAAGACCCAGGGGAUGGUCCCCUUUGGGGGUAGCUGGGGCCUCAGCCAGGAAGAAGGUUCGGGGCGAUCCCAGGAGAUGGUUACCUUUGGUGCCAGCAGGAUGAAUAGCCGGGAAGAAAGAAGAUCCAGAGAGGCCCCAGGAGAUGGGGGCCAGUGGGAGACACAACCAGGAAGAAGAUCCAAAGAGGCCUCAACAGAAGCAGUAGCCACGAAGAAGAUCCAGAGAGGCCUCAGGAGAUGCUCUCCUUGGGGGCCAGCGGGAACUACAGCCAAGAAGAAGGUCCAAGAAGACCCCAGGGGACGGGGGACAGAAGACGCCAUAGCCAGGAAGAAAGUCCAAAGAGGUACCCCCCGGGGUUUAGGAGGAGCCACAGCCUGGAAGAAGGUCUACAGAGGCCCCAGGCGACCCCCCAGGGGGACAGCUGGAGCUAUGGUGUGA